CCCAUUUCAUUCCGUCUUCGUCCUCUCUCUUCCAAAAUUAUGUCUUCCCCUCCGCUCUUCUUCCUCUCCAUCUGCUCGUCAGAAAAAACAUCAAUAAUACUAAAUCAGAAUAAUCUCUCAUCCUUCGACGCCAGCAUCACCUAUGAAACCAAACCUAAACCACUUUGUUUCUACCUCCGCAAUUCUAGCCUCGCAAAACCCUCAAUCAAUCCCAGCUUCAAAACCCCGUCCUCCUUUGCUAGUUCCCAGCGGCAACCCUCGUCUUCCAUGGCAAUACAGACACAAUCUAUAGCAUGCAGUUAGAUAUGGAGUAUCUAAGCGAUAAUCAGAAAAGAAGGAAGAGAUGGAUCAGCCCAACCCCUAAGAUAAGUAGAGUUUUAACAAUGAUCUAUUUUACUCUAAGUAUAACUCUAAUUCCUACUUUUUAAAUAUUUUCAUUUACUGAAAUUCAUUUUCUCUGCUCUGUGUAGUUUUGAAGAGUCAAGAGAACCAUAUAUUUUUAAAUUCUAGAAAAAUAAAAACUGAGAUUGUAGUUUCUUUUCUUUUACUAUGAAAUAUGUAAAUCUUUAUUAUAAGAGAUUCAGAAUAACCCUUCGAAUAUGAAUGAAGGGAGAUAGCAAAUGAUGAAAAUUAAUUUCUGAUGCCUUGUGUUUUUUUUUUUGGGUCAGUUUUUGAUAUCAUCACUAAAUGGAGAUAGCAAAAUCUUGUACUGCUGGGGAGAUAUUUGGCCCAGGAGCAGCUUUGGAGUUUGGAUAGCCAAUUAAGAGGGAAUUAUGAGAUCCUGGGGCGUAAAUUGUGCGAAUGGGCUUGGCUUGAGUUUUGCCCAGGAAAUUAAGCUGAUUGAGUUGGGUGCGGCUGCUGCAAAUCUAGGGCAGGUGGAAAAGAAUGGAUGGUCUAGAUGUUUAAAUAAGGUUCUACACUCCGAUGUGCAGCAGUGUGGCUGCAUUUUGUGUCUUGCAGUGGAGGAGGGCAGGGUUGAGAGGCUAAUCUGGUUUGCAAAACAGGCUGCAUUAUUUGAGUUGUGAUUUGAAUUGAAUGCUUGUGUUCACAUUGUUGGUUGCAGCAUGUAGUAGCUACUCUGACUUUAUGCUAACUCUACUGUUUAAGAAGAUUUUCUUGACUUACUACUGAAAGGAGUUUAAUUGAAAUAAUAGGUUGUAUCUAUAUGGAAUUUAGACAAACUUCUAGUAGACAUUGAAACUCCUAAGUCCCAAAGUGGAAUAUAAAGCUUCAUGGAUAAGUAUAUAUUCCAUUUAUCUCUGUUGGACAUACUCUUUAUCUCAUCCUCAUGUUGGUGGUGGCAAUAACAGUUCCGGUGACAACCAACAACAUAGAACAUGCAUGGUCAUGGAUAACAGAGGCAUUUGAGAAGACAAACAACCACAAUUUUCUUCUUCUCCAGCCACAGUUCUACCAGUACGUUAAAGUGCAUGGGGAUCAGGCACCUCUUGUCUUAGGACAGACAAAUGAUGGAGAAAAAUAUCUCAAGCCAAAUGUGGAACCUGAUCAAAUUGCAACUUGGGUAAAGGACUUCAAGGACGGCAAGUUGAAGCCAUUUCUAAGCUCAGAGCCUAUUCCCGAGAACAACAGGUUAUUGUCACUGAUAGCCUUGAGGAAAUGGUAUUUAACUCGGGAAAGAAUGGAUGCAACCGCGAAUGAUAUCCCGAAAGGGAAGUUUGAAGUUAAAGGAUUCCCAACUCUGUACUUCAAAUCUGCAUUUGGUAACCUGUUGCAAUAUGAAGGCAAUAGAACAAAGGAGGACAUUAUUGACUUCAUAUGCUUUUUUUUUUAUCAUGCUAACUGAGCAAUUGCAUAUGGAGAAGCGCCUGAGGGAACCUGGAAAGAUUUAUAUAGUGUUGGAGUAUUGUAGAGGAGGUGAUCUUUCAAUCUACUACAUCCAACAACGCAA